CUUCCCUUUAAACUGAGAUGAUACGCAGGUAAUGAGAAGAGAGGAGAAAUCACUGUAUGGUGAAAUAUAGGAUAAAAUGUCUGCACUUCGUAAGAAAUUUGGAAGCGACUAUGAGGUAGUGACCACCAAAUCCUCCAGCCAUCAGAAGGACAAGAGGAGGAAACGACAGCGAUUCGUGGACAAGAAUGGACGAUGCAACGUUCAGCAUGGAAACCUGGGUGGAGAGACCAGCAGAUAUCUUUCAGACUUAUUCACAACUUUAGUAGACCUCAAAUGGCGAUGGAACCUCUUCAUCUUCAUCCUCACAUACACAGUGGCCUGGUUAUUCAUGGCUUCAAUGUGGUGGAUCAUUGCAUACAUCAGAGGUGACCUGUACCGAGUCCACGAUGAGAAGUACACGCCAUGCGUGGCCAACGUCUAUAACUUUCCCUCUGCUUUCCUCUUCUUCAUUGAGACAGAGGCCACUAUAGGAUAUGGCCACAGAUACAUCACCGAUAAAUGUCCAGAAGGAAUCAUUCUCUUCCUAUUUCAGUCUAUCCUGGGCUCCAUAGUGGAUGCCUUUUUAAUAGGCUGUAUGUUUAUUAAGAUGUCUCAACCGAAGAAGAGGGCAGAGACUCUGAUGUUUAGUGAAAACGCAGUCAUCUCAAUGCGUGACGGCAAACUCACGCUGAUGUUCAGGGUGGGAAAUCUGCGCAAUAGUCACAUGGUUUCAGCACAGAUCCGAUGCAAAAUACUCAAGUCCCGACAGACGCCCGAGGGCGAGUUCCUCCCCCUGGAUCAGCUGGAGCUGGAUGUGGGCUUCAGCACCGGAGCGGACCAACUCUUUCUCGUGUCACCACUCACAAUCUGUCAUGUGAUCGACACCAAGAGCCCCUUCUAUGAGCUCUCGCAGCGAUCCAUGCAGACGGAACAGUUCGAAAUAGUUGUGAUUCUGGAGGGUAUUGUUGAAACGACCGGCAUGACUUGUCAAGCACGGACAUCGUACACGGAGGACGAGGUGCUCUGGGGCCACAGAUUCUUCCCGGUCAUCUCUCUGGAGGAGGGAUUCUUUAAAGUGGAUUAUUCUCAGUUCCACGCUACAUUUGAGGUUUCCACACCUCCCUACAGCGCAAAGGAGCAGGAUGAGGCAUUGCUCAUGUCCUCUCCACUCAUGGCCCCAUCACUGUGCAACAGUAGAGAGAAGAACAGCUCCCAGGACUGUCUGGAGCUGCUGGAAGAUCUAGAGAACACCAGUAAAUUACCAACCAAGGUACAGAAAAUGACAGGUAGAGAAGGGCUGCCCAGGAAGCUACUGAGAAUGAGCUCCACCACAUCAGAGAUGACAUACAGCCUUGGCGAACUGCCCAUGAAGCUCCAACGCAUCAGUUCUGUGCCUGGGGUCUCAGAGGAAAUGCAGGUUACCAAGGCGACUAAGAUUUCCACAGAGGCCAUCAGCAAAUCGGUUGCAGACUUGCCGCCGAAACUUCAGAGAAUGGCUGGGGGAGGAGGUCGCAUGGACGGACACCUGCCACCCAAACUCCGAAAGAUGAAUUCUGAUCGUUUCACAUAGAAUAACUUUCUCAUUAGCAACAGUCAAAUGGGCCCUCUUAUAAUUCAAGAUAUUUAGCGUGUGUAUAUAGACAGAUACACCAUUUAUGAUACUAAUGUAGGUUAAUGUAAUUCAGAACAUCUGUUCCUGUGGUGGGUUCAUAUGCAGUAAAGAGACUCUUUCAGAUUGUUGUUACUACAAGCACAAUCUGGUAUGGAUGACACCCUCCAUUGCAUGUUAAAAUAUUUCUCUCCUUCUGAUGGCAUGACAAGCUGUACAUAUUUAUUUGCCAAGGAAAUGUUAGCAAAUAUUAUUUCCUCCAAGCCAUAUGGUGAUAUAUCGGACAAUACCUCCUACAUGGCUAAUUAGCGAUUAUUCAUGUCAUACAGUUAAGUUGUUCACCAUAAUACCUCUAUACUAAGCUUAUCUUACAAUGCAUGUGCACA